GUGUGUGACACUCCUCACCAAGGACAUGUGCAAGGAGACUUGAGUUCAUCUUGCCACCACCUUGCAGAAUUUGAGGAGUGCUGGUGAGUAGCAGCUGGAGCUAUAUCUGCAUGAAACACAAGCUGCUGAUACCUGCAGGGGCAGGACUCCACAAGGCCACAAACACCACUGGCCUUGGAUGGGCUUUGGAGCUGGUCUCGUGCAGCUGUGGCUGCAUGACCUUGCUGAAGGCUGGCUCUAAUGAACCUGAUAGAGGGGGUUUGCCCAGAUGGGCUCAGCUGGGACACAGCCAGGCCUUGCUGCUUGUGCCAGGACUGCUGUGUGGCACCACAUUGCCCUGCCAGGGGCACAGCAGCCCUUGCUGCCCUCGUGCCCUGCAGUCCAGCUGUGCCAGGUGCUCUAGGGCCCUGUCAGGUCUAACUGGCCCCUCACUGCUCAGUUACAGCUGCUCUGAGUGACCCAGAAUGCAGAAGCCAGAUGAGCCAUUGGGUGCACCAGAGCUCUGCAGGGUAGCACAGCAGAGCAAGGGUCCAGCUUCCUGCAUCAAUCACAUCCUUGGGUGAUGGAGCAGCUUCCUCCUCAGGACUUGCCCCUGCCAGGGACACAGUGCUGGGGUGCUCUGAAGAGGCAGGGCUCUGCCUCAGGGCUCCAUUUUCCCUCACAACCAGAGUGCACAUGGGGCAGUCACRUCAGGACCCACUUGCAAACGUCUUUGGCGUGGGGAUGCUGUGGGUGCUGCAGAGGGAUGGAGUGGGCUGUCCCUGGGCGGUGAUGAGGUGGUAUUGGCAGGGGCUGAGCUGCCUGUGGAGGGCAGGAGGCACCCACCAGCUAUGAGAAGUGCAUGCUGACCACACUGCUGUGGAGGACAGCYGGGUCUGGUGGCCAUGUGACAGUGUCACAGACAGGAGGGCCUUCACGCCUGCUGAGCUGGUGGCCUGUGGCUGUAACGGUCUGCUGUCCUUCCGCACGAGGCACCAGCUGUGCUGCAGCCAGCUCUGCACCCUUGGCAAACACCUUCUGCCCGGUGACCUUGGCAGCCACCCCACCAUGCUGCCCAUGGCUGCUGCUCCUCAGGUGGCCCUGGAGAAGAGGCACCGCCCUUGGCAUCAUCAUCAGUUCCCRGCCCCUGCAGCAGGUUAUGCUGUGAUGGAGCUGCAUGAAGGGAGCAGCAACUUUCUUAUGCUGCUUCUGUGAUGAGCCUGAAGGAUUCUGGCACUGCCCAUCUCCCAUUCUCCCUGGUGGUCCCCAGCCUGCUGCCUCCACAGGGCAUCCUUGGCACAGUAUGGCCCAGGGUCCUGACUUCCUGUGUGCCUGGCAGCAGAAAGCCUGGGUAUGAGACCCCAGGGAAACCUCACCAAGGAGAGAUGGUCAGUGAUGCUGCCCCAGUGUCCAGGACAGAGCUGGUAGGGUGUACUGUGGGUGCAUUGGUGCAGCUGGAGGAACUGGCCUGGGGUGAAGGUGGGUGCUGAGCAAUGCUCGGCUCUCACCCCCUCCCUUCAGCCCAGCUGCAGCAGAGUGAGCAGCCCUGGGGAGCAGAGUCCCUGAGCCCCGUGUGUCAUUUACAUACGUCCCACUGGCGCCCACAGCACAGCGACCGGGGUUAGUGCAGCACCCCUGACCCUCUCGGAAACAGCCUCCCUUCCUCUGCCUCGUCAUGGCCCCGGGCUUCAUGGUCCUGCUCCUGGUGGGGACGAUGGGCACAGCUUCCAGGACUCAGCCYGUGCUGACCCAGCCGAGCUCUGUGUUCGUGCUGCCCGGGCAGACAGCUCAGCUGUUGUGCACCCUGAGCCCCCAGUACAACAUCAGCCACUUCGGCAUCUCCUGGUACCAGCWGCGCCCGGGGCACUCCCUGAGGUAUCUGCUCUAUUACAACUCUGAGCGAGACAAGCACAAGCCUGCCAAGACUCCUGACCGCUUCUCUGCCUCCAAAGACCUCGCCAGCAAUGCCUGCAUCCUCACCAUCACAUCCGUCUGCCAGGAAGACAACGGCACCUAUUACUGUUCCCUGUCAUCUGCCUCAAAAUGGUUCUAGAAAUGGGGAACAAAAGCUUUCCGUGCUUUCCCUGGCAAACCUGACGUGCUCUCAGCAGGGAGAGCAGCAGCUCUGGGAAGAAUGGGAAAGGCCAUCUCGCAAGCUUGAGCAGGCCCGGCAGCGCUGCUUUGUGCUGGGACGUGCAGCAAACUCCUCUUUUGUCCCUAACUGUCCCCCACGGGGCAACAGGGAGCCCAACACGGCACGAGCCCUCCAGAGCCUCCUGCUGCAGCGGGAGGAUGAAGGGCUCUGCUGUGGCCUGGCUCUUCCAGCAUCCGGCACAAGGCGGCGUUCAUCCGCCUGGGGCUUCCGCAGAGUCUGGCUCACCUGGUAAUAAAGGUUAAUGCUCA